CAUGGACUCUGAGGUGGCGAAUGUCACAUAUUUAUCACAGUACCACAGUAACCUGGGGAGGUUCUGGUUGCUGCUUUUGGCAAAUAGACGAGGCGUAAUCGAGGCGUCCAGCCUUGCGGCGCUAACGGAGUUUACAGAGGAGAAAGCCCAACGUCGCGGAUUUUGUUGGAGAUACCCCACGAUGGGAGACUGUAUAUAAAGGCCGGACAUAGACCAGGAGAAGACACCACAGAAUCAAAUAGACUUUCAAGAACACAUUCACUCACUACCAAAUCAACCGUUGCACUCCCUCAUUCAACACCACCAGCUCUGCGAUAUGGUUCAACUGCUGGGCAAGGAAGUAGGAAAGGUUGGCUAUGGCCUCAUGGGCCUCACAUGGCGGGCCAACCCACCAUCAAAGGAACAGGCCUUCGAAGCCAUGAAAACCGCCCUCUCCCUUGGCGCCAACGCCUGGAACGGCGGAGAACUUUACGGCACUCCAGAGCGCAACUCCCUUCACCUGCUGAACGAAUAUUUCACCAAGUACCCCCAGGAUGCGGACAAGGUCGUCCUAUCCAUCAAGGGAGCCAUUAUACCCGGCAAAUUGAGACCCGAUGGCAGCAGGGAGGGGGUUCGGCGCAGUAUUGACGAGUGUCUGAGAGUGCUUGAUGGGAAGAAGUUCCUCGAUCUAUUUGAGUGCGCUCGAGUGGACCCCGCCGUGCCCAUCGAAGACACGAUAAGCUAUAUUGCGGAAUACGUCAAGGCUGGCAAGAUAGGCGGCAUCAGCUUGUCCGAAGUCGGCGCGAACACGAUUCGCAGAGCACACAAGGUGCAUCCCAUCGCGGCAGUGGAGAUUGAGUUCUCUCUGUGGGUGACGAAUCCUUUGGAGAAUGACGUAGCGAAGACGUGCGCAGAGUUGGGAAUCCCUAUCAUCGCUUACUCACCGUUGGGACGUGGUUUCUUGACCGGCGCAUGGAAGUCGUUUGACGACCUGCCCGCCGACUCGUUCCUGAGACAUGUACCACGCUUCCAGCCAGAGGUAUUCGGCGAGAACCUCAAGCUCGUCAAGGAGGUCGAGGCUAUCGCCGCUCGCAAAGGCGUGACUCCAGCGCAGAUCGCGGUGGGUUGGGUCGUUGCUCAUAGCAGGCGCAAUGGUUUGGGCGACAUCAUCCCCAUCCCUGGUGCCACAACGGUCGAGCGUAUCAAGGAGAAUUCGACGCCUGCCGAGCUCAACGAGGAGGAUAUGGCUGCUUUGGACGAGAUUCUGAAGAAGUUCAAGCCGAUUGGCGACCGUUAUCCUACGGAGCACAUGGACCUGACAGAUGCGUGAGGCAAUGCAGACUAAGGCAAUCCAAUAGAUUUACCUAUACUCUUUGAACUGUCAGCCCAGUGGACCAUAUGUGCUAUGAGGGACAAGAUAGAAGACCCAAGUUGGAGAGGAGAUCAGAUCAAGUGUAGUGUAUGAGUAUUCCGCAUUCGAGCUCCGAGGGAUCCCGUUGGAAUUGCAGAACUC